CAAAUCCCAAAUCCAAAAUUCCCCUGCAUCCAAACAAACCCCAAAUGCAGAAUCUUCUUCGGUGUACGUACUUCUCUUUCCUUCUUUCUGGUGAUCGCUUUAUUGCACCAACACAAGAGAACCGAGAAGCGUUUUACUUUUUUUCUUUCGAAAAAAAUUUAUUAGUUCUGAUGUUAUUAUUUAUUAAUAACAUUAUUAAUUCUGGCUUCUGAGCUUCCCAACCGUAUAUAUCAUCAAAUUCAAAUUGUUAUUAAGGUUAAUUAAGAACAUAUAAAGUAUCAUCAGAGUCCACCAAAAUGGCCAUUAAUGAUGAUUUACCUGGAGCAGUUGGAACAAGCGCCAGCUUCGCUUUGAGAUUGGGGCAGGCUGUUUUCUCUUCUGCGUCUCUGCUCUUCAUGUCUAUAGGAGUUGAGUUCUACAGCUAUACCGCUUUCUGCUUCUUAGUGACAACCAUGGGUUUGGUGAUCCCAUGGAGUAUUACUCUAGCUCUGAUUGAUGGGUAUUCAGUAUACGUUCGGUGCCCGGUCCGGCAACCCGGAAUACUUCUGGUCAUUGUUUUAGGAGAUUGGGUAUUUCCCCUCCACCUUCCUCACUAAAUCAUCACUUCUAUCACACUAAAUUAUUGAAUGAUAGAUACUGCGUAUUUAUAUUGGAAUUUAUGAAAUUGAAUAUCGUCAUUUUGAAGUGAUACAGAACUUUGUGGAUGUUUCGAUAUCCAUAUUCAAUUUUGUGUGCGAAAAUAC